AUGCACUCUCCUGCCGCAUCCUCCCCCGCUGUUGACCCGCAAGGGUCACCUCCCAAGCUGCUGAAUGCCCGCCAGGACGACUACAAUGCGCCUCCCUCGCUCACACCAAUUGAAGACUACAGAACCGUCGGACAGGAUCCUCUGUCGUCGCCGCCGUCGUCCGAACGCCGCUCCCUGUCGUAUGCAGAGAUGGCGGCUAACCCGCCUACUCCAAGCGACGGCCAAAGGGCCACGAUGGUGACCAAACCUCGCUCCCCGACCUUGCCGGUCUCUCCGCACCUUACGACUCUGAACGAUGCGGAAUUCCCUGCUGCUGCUCGUGAGGUCGAACAAAGCGGUGGAGAAUGGCACGUUGUCGCCAAUAAGAAGAAGUCGCUGCGACAGAUGAAGUUCCGGAAGCUCAAGAACAAGGCCCAGCAGCCAACUAAGAAGACGCCUGACGUCGGCUCUAACACGAUCACUACUGCGACAUCCGAAGCCGCUACCACCGACGCUGCGGCCCACGCUGCGACCUUAGAAGCCGCUGUCCACGCUGCAAUGCCUAAUGCCACAUCAGAGGCUAGCAGCAGUGAGCCGCGUAAGAGGAGACGUACGGCGACUGAUCUUGACGACGACGACGGCCCCAGAAUGAGCGACAGGCAGCAGGACCCCGCCACGUCGUCCACGAAUGCCCAAGCCAAGACCAAUGAACCAUGGCAGAGCAACCGUUCGCCUGUUGGGGCAAACACGGCUGAUGAACGUGAUAUCGCUGAAGCCAUGAACAUUGACUUCGCUGUCGCCACUGAAUCGAGUUCUGAUGAAUCUACCCCACGUCGCUCACGCAAAGGCAAAGGCGAAGCUCGCACCGCGGCUCCGUUGGCUAAAGCGCCGUCUUAUUCGCCUUCGAUCUCUGUCUUGCACGGAAGGGAGGAGACGAACGGGCACAUGCAGUUCGUGUACCAAGGAGAAGAGUUCCUCUUCCCCCGCCCUCCCUCGUCCUCCCCAAUCGCUAUGCCUGUGACUCCGUCUCCAUCUCGCGGCAGGCGCUCCCACACUGCCACGCCGUCGAGGCCCGCGAAAGGCCGCCGCUGGGCUGACGAGAGCGACGACGAAUUCACGUCGCCAAUUCCCCCGUCACAGACAUCUAGCCGCCAGUCGGACGUAUCUAUGUUUGACACCCCACUGCCGGCCCCGCAAGGGUCCUCUCGAAACCGCCGUCGCUGCAAGCAACGUGCUAACCGCCGUCGUCUAAGCAGGUUGGCCCAGACCGCGCGUGGAGCCUCGUCCUCAGCCUCCGCGUCGCUUGCCUCCUCAGACGACGAAGAAGUACCUUUUGAUGUCGACUCGCUGGAUCAUGACGCCACGGUCCCACCACGGUCUCUGUGGAGGAAGCCUCAGGGCGACCGCCCCGACUGGAAGGCAAGAGGUAUGGCCCCCACGCAGAAAGACGCGUGGGACGUGAUUGAUGAUACUGAACCAGUUGUUGCAGUCCAGAUCCCCAACCACGGCACUGAAGAACCGGGUCUCGAGGAACGCAUCGCUGCAAUCACCAACGCUUUCGCGCGCAUCCUCCACCUUCCCAAUGUCGCCAUCAUCCCCGCAUACUCUAUCGAAGGCUUCCAUGGCCCGAACAAAGAACCUAACUGGUACCUCGCACGAGGGCUUAACUUGCUCGUCUGCAUCGCGCUUGUCCGCAUGGGAUGGCUAAACUCGUCCUUCAUAACCCUGAACUUCGACUUCUGGCGCGACUCGAACCCUCUCCUAUGUGGAAUGUGGCGCCUCAUACAUCGCUUCGGAGCGCAAUCGAAGGAGGAGUACCGCCGUCUCAUCCACCGGGAGCUCCUAGGCCCCGAGCUAUACGGUAUCAUCUCAGUCGCCCUCACGAGAGAUGUCGCACGAGGAGGCUACUGGGAGAGUCACUCUCACGACGAAGCCUUCACUAAGCUUCUCGACUCAGUCGAUGUCGACCUCAUCCCCGCCAGAACUGUAGGCAACAUGACCGAGAUGGUCGUUGUUCUGCACAUCAAACCCCCGACGGCUCAUCGAAAGGACUGGCUACGCUUCUGCGACGCACUCCGGAAGCACGGUUUCGGCUCUCAAGAAACGGGCCACCCCAUUGCCUUCAUCGGCCGUCUGUGGUGUGGAUACUGUCACUCCUUAGGCCACACCUCACCCUUCUGCAGCGUCCGCAGCACCAUCGGAUGGCAUGAUGACCAGCCGCAGCAGCCUCCCGCCCAGGCCGCGCCCCCGCCGCCGCCGCCGAACGGAGGCGCCCCUGGCGGGCGAGGCCGUGGACGCGGCCAGCGUGGAGGUGGAACGCAGAGGGGCCGAGGUGGUCGUGCGCGAGGAAUCGGGGGAAUGGGUGGCCACGGCUACAUGUAG